AUGAAGUUUGCCAAAGAGCUGGAACAGGACUUGGUUCCUGAAUGGCGGGCGAAGUAUCUCGACUACAAGGGCGGCAAGAAGAAGGUCAAGGCCAUUUCUCGGGCCCUUCGUUCGGCUCAUCGGAGUCCUCGAACUCCGUCUUUUCGUCAAGCUACUCCUUUCUCCCACGGCGAAACACUGACGCCAUCCAACACCGACAAGCAGCUCGAUGCGGGAGAGUUUAUCGAUUCAACGGCCCCUAAGCAGACCGGCGCCCAUUCGCCAUCGAAUACUCGUUCCACGCCGAAAACAGAGCGACAGCCGCUUCGAACACCCGGAUCACGAUUCUCGGAAACUGCCGGGAGCUAUGGCAGUAUUCUUGCGACUCCAACACAGCAACAUGGCCACGGGUCUGAUUCUGCUUCAUUCGAGCUUCCCGACCCCGCACUAGACCCGGAGGAGGAGUAUAUGCCACCACAGGUGCAACAAGGUCGCCAGGCAGUCAGAACGCCGUCUCCCGUUGCAACCCGACGUGCUACAUUUCGUGACCUACCGGAGAAUGUCGCGACAGAAGACGCGCCCGACCAAUCACCCUUGGCACGACAGCCAACUGGCCAAAGCCAGCAAGGCAAAGCUCUAAUGAAGUCCACCUCGGUGAAUCGUACAUCACAGCUCAUGCGGCGUGUCUUUUCCUACAAUGAUGUGGAUUCGGUCGGCAAAGGAUCACCGAUCGUCUCCAAAUCGGAAUUCGAAAAGCAAGAACAAGCAUUCUUCAAGUUCCUAGAUGAGCAGCUAAAGAAGAUCGAUGACUUCUACCAAAUGAAGGAGCAGGAAGCUGCGGAGAGGUUAAAGGUUCUUCGUCAGCAGCUGCAUAUCAUGCGGGACCAGCGCAUCCAGGAAGUGUAUGACGCUAAACGAGCAAACAAACGACGGAACGUGGACUCUGAAAAUAGGUCGAAUGGGUUCGGAAAACUAAGCAGCUCCCGGCUGAAGGACACAUUGACGGGCAAGGCUCAUUUUGGAAAGAAUUCGCAGGCAUUGGCGGAGAUGGCGACGCCAAGGAUGCCGGCUCGCGACCGUGAAUUCAUUUCCAACAGAAGAGAUUUCAUGCGGCGGCAGGAACCGCCCAAUAAUGAUGUUUCCUAUAGAUCUGCCAAGCGCAAGCUCAAGUAUGCUUUGCAGGAGUUCUACCGCGGAAUAGAGCUGCUAAAAGGAUAUGCCUACCUCAACCGAACAGCUUUCCGCAAGAUCAACAAGAAAUACGACAAGGCUGUCAACGCCCAACCACCGUUGCGGUACCUGUCCGAAAAGGUCAACAAGGCCUCAUUUGUGCAAAGUGAUGUGCUGGAGACCUUGAUGUCGGCAGUGGAAGAUUUAUAUGCUCGAUAUUUCGAGCGUGGCAACCGCAAGAUCGCUGCCUCGAAACUUCGUCACACAAUGAAGAAGUCGGGCGAUUAUUCGCAUAGUACAUUCCGCUCCGGCCUUUUGCUAAUGGCCGGUACCCUUUUUGCUAUUCAGGCACUGGUCUAUGCUUCACAACAUUUACGUUCCGCUGAAGUGCGUGAGCAGGUUUGGACCAGCUAUCUACUGCAGAUUUAUGGUGGUUAUUUCCUUAUCGCGUUUCAUGUCUUACUAUUUGCCUUGGAUUGUAUGGUCUGGACAAAGUCGAAGAUCAACUAUGCAUUCGUUUUCGAAUUUGAUACCAGGCACACCUUAGAGUGGCGCCAGUUAUUCGAGAUUCCAUCUUUCUUCCUUUUUCUUAUGGGUCUUUUCAUGUGGCUUAAUUUUUCGUGGAUCAAUGCCAUGUACAUAUACUGGCCUGUUGUGCUGAUCGGUUUGACGCUCAUCAUCAUCUUCCUGCCGGCCCGAGUUCUUUACCACCGCAGUCGGAAGUGGUGGGCCUUUUCAAACUGGCGACUUCUACUCGCUGGGAUAUACCCUGUUGAGUUUCGUGAUUUUUUCCUGGGUGACAUGUAUUGUUCUCAAGUCUAUGCCAUGGGGAACAUCGAGUUGUUUUUCUGCCUGUACGCCUCACAGUGGGCCAACCCAGUCAAAUGCAACUCCAACCAUUCAAGACUCCUGGGCUUUUUCACCACCUUGCCAGCGAUAUGGCGAGCUUUUCAGUGCAUUCGUCGAUACGUCGACACCAGGAAUUCUUUCCCUCAUCUCCUGAAUUUGGGAAAGUAUAUCUUUAGUAUCCUCUAUUACGCGACUUUAAGCAUGUACCGCAUUGACCGACACACUCGCUUCCAGGCAGCGUUCAUCACUUUCGGUCUCCUGAACGCUGUCUAUACAUCCGUCUGGGAUCUGAUCAUGGACUGGAGUUUGGGCAACCCAUAUGCAAAACACAAACUUCUCCGUGAAGUGCUAGCGUUCCGUCGCGUAUGGGUUUAUUACGUUGCGAUGAUCUUGGAUGUUGUGGUUCGAUUCAACUGGAUUUUCUACGCCAUUUUCGUCCACGAUCUCCAACAUUCGGCUGCUCUCAGCUUUGUCGUUUCCCUAUCAGAGGUUCUUCGUCGUGGAAUGUGGUCCAUCUUCCGUGUCGAGAAUGAACAUUGCACAAACGUGCUUUUAUUCCGAGCCUCGAGAGACGUUCCUCUUCCAUACGACGUGCCUGCGUCUGCCACGUUGACCCCAGGUCUUGAUGGCGUAGAGCCGGGUGAUGUGCCGCUGCAAGAACAGCAGCCAACAACACCUUUCAUGGCGCCGGGUGAUGUUGAGACCGGAACGCCGUCGAUCUCAACCCUGCGCGCUCGGAACCGACGUCCCAGCUUUGCCAAAGCGGUGGGAAAUGCCAUGUCUACUGCACAUGCGCAGGACUUCCAGAGACGACGACUUCCGACUGAAAUGUCUAGUGCAACCGUGUCGCAAGAUAUGGCUCGUGGUGCUCAUUACUCAAGUGACGAGGACGAAGAUGAAGACGACGAUGGCGUGCUGGAUACUGAUGAAGACUCGGGGUCGACUGUCGAGAAUUCGUAUGACGACAACCAGGCGGCUUCUAACCGGCCCUCGCAGAUCGAUCGGGUCGUCGAAUAG